UUUCCCUAUUUUUACAUGUUACUUCACAACAUUGUCACAUGACUUAUACAGCAAGAUGACAGCCGAUCUUGUUUUCGGCUCGAUUCCAUCCUUUUAUCGAGAAGUUUACGAUAUUGUUUGUCCAAAUCAAGAGCAAGUGGACCGCGAUCUGUUCGUUCAACUGUUGGUCAAAUCCAGCCUUCCUAAACAUGUUAUUAUGCAAAUUUGGGACCUGAUUGACACGCAACAAGGCUUUAUGACCCGAAAUGGUUUAUAUAAAGCUUUAGCAUUAACAGCUCUUGCUCAGCAGGGAAAGACUGUCAGUGAUAAGUUGCUGGAGACAUUUUCUGGUCAAGAAUUACCAAAACCAUCUCUAGGAGAUUUGUCCGACCUUAAAGCUGCAAGCUUAAAAAUACGUCGGGAGCGAAUGCCGAAUGUAUUGUGUUUUGACUUUAAGGAUCUGUGUGACAUUGACAGUAUCAAGUUAGAGCUGGUGCCAGAGAAAAAAGGCAUUAUUCUUAAACAUGUGGAAUAUGAGGUUACCAGCAAGCGACACAAAGCAACUGUCCUGCGCCGAUAUAAUGAUUUUGUUGCACUUCAUGAACUGCUAACAGCCAGAUUUGCAUAUAGAAUUAUCCCCAGACUUCCACCCAAAAAGCUUGGAGCUUCCAGAGAGUUCAUAGAGCAACGACGGAAGUGUUUGCGCAGAUAUUUAAAUAUUGUGGCCAGACAUCCUCAGAUGCAUGAUGACAAGUUAGUGAAAUUUUUCCUGACAUUUGCUGGAAAUGAUGUGCAGUAUAAAAUAAAAGAACAGUUCCGAGGGAUCCCUGAUGAGUUCAUGACAAGUGACAUGGCCAGUAAAGCAAAGGACUUGGUUCCCAUGGAUACACAACAGCAACUGGCUAUCAGCAAAGAGCAUAUCAAACUUAUUCACAGCAACGUGGCUAAGUUUAAAGAAAUAGCCGAGGGUCUGGUGUGCAGGUCUACAAACUAUGCUACAGACAUGCUACAGCUGGGGAGACAGUUCAGCAUUAUGAGCAACGAUACAACACCCAUUACAGCCUGGGCCACGGGGACUAGUAAAACCUGGGAACGACUGCAAAGAGGCUUCAGAAUACUAUCUGUUGACUUUGCUUCCAUUGCGGACAAAUCUUCUCAAGCGGCUAUAGAUGAAGAAGAAGGAGUUGUGGAGAAAUUAGCUUUCUUUGAAGAUCUCAUCUUGGCUUAUAAAGACUUGUGUGAAAGACACGAGAAGGGAGUCCUCCAUGAUCAUCAGAGAGCCAUACAGAAGAUGGGUCAGUACAAGAAAAAGAAAAUGUCUGCCACAGUUCAGAACUCAGACACAGUUGCUGUUGACCAGUUGGAACAAAAAAUUCUGGAGCAAGAAGGAGAAAUUGCUAACAUGGAGAAUCGUAACUUUUAUUCCCUGCAUUGUUUACAAAUGGAGACUCAGUUGAUCUACACGUAUCUGGACAUAUUCUAUGAAAUCGUUUCUUGUUUGGCUCGUGUGGAAAAGGAAACUGGCUCGGAGCUCUCCAGAAUUUGGUCAGCGAUGGAGCCAGCGGUCAGUACACUGUCCCCCAAUAAAGAAAUGAUAAACAGCAAGUACACAGGACUGAACCUCUAGCUGAAUGUGGGAUAACUCUACGAGAUGAUUUGUUUGAAAUGUUGGACACUUGUUAAUUAGAUCGCUAUGUUAUUUAAAGUCAUUUUUGAAUAUUGGAUUUAUGUUGUUACCCUUUCUCCAAACCCCCCCCCCCUUCCCCCCCCCUUAUAUAUUUUUCAAAGUCGUUAGUCUGGCAUUGUGUUAUGGUCCUUGGAAAUAUUCAUUAUAUGUUUGUAACUGUGUUGUUUUGUUUUGUGACCAACAGACUCUAGGGUUGUAUCAACUCAUUCAUGCAGUGUUUUGUUUUGUGACCAACAGACUCUAGGGUUGUAUCAACUCAUUCAUGCAGUGUUUUGUUUUGUGACCAACAGACUCUAGGGUUGUAUCAACUCAUUCAUGCAGUGUUUUGUUUUGUGACCAGCAUACUCUAGGGUUGUAUCAACUCCUUCGUACAGUGUUAUAAGAUAUCGUCUUGCUUGAGAAGUUGAUAUUUAGUCUUUGAUCCAUUCAUUCCUAUAACUUUGUGAUUUGUAAAUAUAUUGACUCUUUGUUCAAACUGUUGAAGACUGGACUGGGAAUGACACUGAAAUCUUUUUUUUUAAACAAUGGUUCUUGAUUACAGACUUUGUGUAGUGUGUCUACAAACUUUCCUGAUUACAAACAUUGUGUAGUGUGUCUACAAACUUUCCUGAUUGCAAACAUUGUGUAGUGUGUCUACAAACUUUCCUGAUUACAAACUUUGUGUAGUGUGUCUACAAACUUUCCUGAUUACAAACUUUGUUUAGUGUGUCUUCAAACUUUCCUGAUUACAAACAUUGUUUAGUGUGUCUACAAACUUUCCUGACUAGACUGUGUAGUGUGUCUACAAACUUUCCUGAUUACAGACUUUGUUUAGUGUGUCUACAAACUUUCCUGAUUACAAACUUUGUUUAGUGUGUCUACAAGAAAACUUUCCUGAUUACAGACUUUGUGUAGUGUGUCUACAAACUUUCCUGAUUACAGACUUUGUUCAGUGUGUCUACAAACAAACUUUCCUGAUUACAAACUUUGUUUAGUGUGAUACAAACAAACUAAACUUAGACUCUUCCUUCCCUUUGUUUGAUUUGUGUUUUUUUUCUUUUUUUUUCGUAAAGCCUUUAUUUGAUCAGAUCAUGUCAUGGAAGAAACUGAGUAUGUUUUUCUAAUAUGAUCACAGAACACACUAGUUAUUUUGUCCGUGUUUUAAUAUUACAUUAUAAAUACAUUGGCUAGAAAUCGACAUCGAUCUAGAUUUCUGGUUAGUUUAAUUAAGGGUGUCUUGCUCUUAAACUUCUCAACACUACAGUACAGAAAAAAAAAGUUACUUCUUAUAGAGUACUUUGAAAAAAAAAUAUUUUUAGAAUGAAAGUUUUAUGGGCCUGUACUAGUUAUAUUAAAAAAAAAUAUUCACAUUUGCAAAUUUGAAUUGGGGAUAUUUUAUAUAAGAAGUAGCUAUAUAUGACCAAUGCCCUUAGUUUGUGUAUCACUAAUCUAGUGCAUUGGAUUUAGAUUUAUGUAAAAUAUGGCAAUAUGCUCUUUUAACUCUUAAUUUUCACAUGAAAGUGUAAGUGACUAUGCAAAAUUGGGUUUGUUCAAAAGUUUUGUUCUUCAAUAGAGAUAAAUUUCUGUAACUUUUAAAAAUUUCUAGCGCCUUUUUGUUGUGGAAGAGAUAUUUUACAUUCACUAUGACCAUGAUUUAAGGAACAUUUAUGCCAAAUUUUAUUAAGAUUGGUCAAACGGUUUUGAUUUCCAUAAGUGACAUUUAUACAUCCAUACUCCUGACAGUGUGCUUUAUAUAUUAGAUUGUGAUUUGUUGCAUCAAUUGAUGUUAGUCGGAUGGCUGCCUGGUCGUGCGGUUUGCGCGCUGGACUGUCGUUCAGAAUUAUCGAUGGUCCAGGGUUCAAACCCUGCCCGCUCCCAUCCCCCGUCGUCCUGCGGGAGGUUUGGACUAGGAAGUAAUUAUAUUCAACUCUGAAGGAACAUCCGAAACAUGUAUAACAUUUUUUACAAGUUGAUGAUGAAAUAGUUUUCUCGUUGCAUUGAAAUAGUUUCUAAUUGCUUUCUCACUGACUUGUUCUUACGCGACAGUGAACAAACUACACAUCUGGUGUUACCAUGUGCCUGGUGGUCUGUUACUGGUGGUACAACUUUAUGUGCUAAACUUGUAGGCAUGUCAGUAUAGUCCACAAUUAGAAGAGCUGCUGUCGCUUUUAUAAGCAGUGCCUGUUGCAUCUAAACUAUGUAUCAUUCAAACUUGCUAAGUCAUUCAUCAGAGAAAUGUACACGUUCAUUUAGGGACUAAAUUAUUAAGAGUUUUCUCCAAUCUGGGCAGGAAACUAAAUUAAGACUGUUUUGAAUCUUUCGUGACAUAUGUAUCAGGUUAUGCUUUCAUCUAUAAACUAGUUGAUAAUUGUGAUAAUAAUGUUUGUUUUAUUUAGAUUUAUAUUUUUCACACUGUUGAUAUAUACUGUGAUUGUAUUUUAUUCCUAUGAAAAGAUGAUUGCAUUUGAUAAAAGAUGAUUGUAUUUGAUAUUUUUCCAAAACUUAUGAUUCUCUUUCUGCUUCUGUUGCCAACUGCUGGACUGUGUCUAAAGGCAGGGAUGUUGAUAUAUAUUUUUUAAAAGUAAAGUACCCCAUUCAGGUCUUGCAAUCUAUAGGGCAGAUGAGGGUAUGAUAUGACCAGCAUAGUGACCAACUGACUUUUCUUUCCCCAACUCAUGUCAGGUACCCAUCAGACUUGUAUGGGCUCACCAACUGACUUUUCUUUACCCAACUCAUGUCAGGUACCCAUCAGACUUGUGUAGUCUCACCAACUGACCUUUCUUUACCCAACUCAUGUCAGGUACCCAUCAGACUUGUGUAGUCUCACCAACUGACCUUUCUUUACCCAACUCAUGUCAGGUACCCAUCAGACUUGUAUGGGCUCACCAACUGACCUUUCUUUACCCAACUCAUGUCUGGUAUCCAUUAGAGUUGUAUGGACUUGAUGAGAAACCGAAAUCCCAAUCUUCACCAUAAUUCGAACCCUGGACUCCCCAAUUCAGAAGCCUAGCGCUUUACCACUCAGCCACCAUGCCCCAAAUGUUGAUUUUAAUUACCCUCACUUCUAGACCACAUCAUUAAAGAACAUUGAUGUCAAUUGAGAUUUGGGGAAGUGGCAUGAUUGACACAGGCCUUCAGGUUAAGUUUUGUUUCCAGGUGACAACUUUUUGUUUUAGAGUUAGCAAAAAAAAAGGAGACUUGGUUGCCUUUCUGUAUUGUAUAAUUUGAACUUAACAACUAAUUUAACUUGGCUUAAUUCUUUUUAAAUUAUCUAAAAGAUUUGUUUAAUUAUUUUGUUCUUGAGCUAAGUGAUGCCACUGUCAAUUAUUUCACUGACUUGAUCUCGACACAUCCAAGUGCCAUAUUAAUGCUCAUUUUGUUGACAUUAUUUUCUGUUUCAGCUUGAUUUUAGUUGGCAGCCUUAGAUCUAAAUGUUCUUAUUUCAGUUAUUUUUUCUUAUGGCAUAAUAUCAAAAGUUUUGACCAUCAUAAUUAGUGUUGCCAACUGCUUGAUGUUUCGUGGUAAAUUUGUUUUUCAGUGCAUUGUUACAGGAAUAAAAAAUAACAGUAGUUGGCAAUGCAGCACAAAAAAGCACCAAUUAAUGGCCUUGUACUUGUACAUAAUAAUUGUCACUGCCUGCAGACAUUGUUAUGGGAGGAAGGUAAACAAAAGUUCUCUUGAUUUGAACUUCUGAAAAACAUAUUCCAAUUCCUAUGGCUUUUUAUUUAAACUAAACACUUGAAUCCUUUAUAGUCACUAAGAAAAAUUUUUUUUCCUGGAUUCAGAAUAACUGUUACAUUAUUUCAAUAUUUUAUUCAUACUUUGUACCUAGUGUUAUGUUACAUUGAUAUUUGAUCCGUAGCCUGGCCUACUCAAAGAACUUGUACACUCCAAACUGGCUUCAUUGAGUUAUUUAAUACACAUAAUCUUCAGCUGUUACUGUGUCUACAUUUACUGUCUUAGACACAUGACAUACUCAGACUUGGUUUUCAUUCUGAGGCCAAAUGUUUUUUUCUUACAUUGGAUAGUUAAUUUAUUUUAUGUAAUAAAUCACUCAACAUACAUGUAAACUAUUUUUUUUUCCUUAGAGAGUUGAAUUGAAUGAAAGUUUGUGCAAACAUGAAUAUUGUUAGAUAUGUAAUGAGAAAUAAAAUGUGAUCAACUUUUUUUUAAAGUCCUGUCAAAGAUCACUUAGUACAUCAUCUUUGUAGCCCCUUCCUUCUACUGACUGGUCCAGUCAGUCUUCAUAUCUGAUAGUCUUAAUCACCAAGGAGUCUAACAUUGUAUUAUUUUUAAUUUACUAGCAGACGUGAUCAUGUCUUCCAUUGUUUUGUUUUUUUAGUUGUACAAAUUUUCAUAUCAUCCUCACUGUUGUACACAUCAUUCUCCCCAAUCCAAUAUUUCAAACCUCAAGGUUGUUAAUGGAAUUGUUUUACCAGCAUUUAACUUGGCAGUGAUUCUAGUCCUUGACCAAAUGACAGUUUUUUUGUUUCGUAAAAACAAGUUAAACAUCAGGAUAAGUGCUACAUAGAUAUCACAUAAUGUAGAUUUCUUUACCACUUGGGAUACUCAUCUGAAUCAAAUAUUUAUUUUUACGUAUUUAUUUUUUUCUAAUGGCCUUCUAUUUAACUUGGAAUUAUUUAUAAAGCCAUUGUCAGGCACUAAUAACAGUAUGUUUUGAUGUGAUAUACUUGUUAGUUUUCAUUGUGGCUAUGUAUGAUAUGUAGACCAUAAAAUGUUAUGUUUUGAAGUAUACAUUUUUAUGAUAUCCUUUACAGUCUUUGGACAUUUUUUUUUCUCCCCAGUUAUUUGUCAGUUUAUUUUGUAUACAUCUUUUUCUCCAUGCAUUAAUUAAAGCUCAGAAUAUGAAGCUCUCUAAUCCAGGGUCAGUCCCAUCUACAGUUGUUCUUACAGUCUUUAUAUAAACACUUAACAGAACUAAUAAUAAGGCUUGCCUUCAAGUCCAAAUAUUAAAUGUGGCUUAUAAAGAAAUACAAAGUUUUACGAUACACAGGAACAAGGUUAUGUAUUAACAUUUCUUAAUCAUUUUAGGGAUCAUGUCUUAUAGGCAAGUGUUUGUGAAGUAUUGCCUCAGUAUCGCAUCCAUUUUCACACUCAUAUCAAUUUAGUUUCCUUAUUAAAUGUCUUGAAUCCAUAUACUGGGCAAAGGUUUGUUUAUUUUGAGAUGUAUUAUACACUUCAAGUUAUUCCUGAAAUUUAUAUCUGUACUUCUAAGGUAUCUUACAUUUCUAGUUGAAGAUAUUUGAAAUGAACUUGCUUCACUCAUCAACUUUUUGAACCUCUUCAACCAGCUGCCUGUACCUUCAAUAAACUAGACUGACAACUGCUCAUUAAUUCAAUCUAUACUAGGAUUAACUCUCUUCCCACUAGUUUUGUUUAGGAGCAGUAAGAAUGCCAUUGAUAUUUGGGUAGGGCCAACUGGUUUGAUGUAUGUUCUUAUGGUGGUGGUGAGACUAUUUCCUGUUUUUUAAGUAACCUUGUGUCCAGAUUGGGCAGCUAGACAUGAAUGUAUCAGAUCAUAUAUCAAUUUGUUUUUAAGAUGACUUUCACUAAUAAAUUGUUUUGGAUUUUUA